AUGCUGCCCCUACUGCUGCUGCCCCUGCUGUGGGGAGGUUCCCAGCAGCAGCAGCAGCAGCAGCAGCAGUGGCGGCGGCGGCCAGUCUAUGGUAUCGAGCUGCAGGAAUCUGUGAGUGUGCAGGAGGGUGGAUGCACCAUUGUGCCCUGCUCCUUCCCCUCUUCUUGGAUAUCGUUGCAUCCCUCUGAUAAAACCUACAUCCACUGGUACCACAGUGGUCACCACUUACAUAGCUCUGAAGUUGUGGCUACAAAUGACCUAACUACACCAGUGAGGAUGGAGACACAGUGCCGACUCUUCCUCAUGGAUCCCAGCACCAACAACUGUUCCCUGAGCAUCAGAGACGCCAGGAAGAGUGACGCAGGAACGUACAUCUUACGAGUGCAGAGACAAUAUACUCACCUUAAUGAUUACCAAGAGAAGAAGCUGACUUUGCGGGUGACAGACCUGACACAGAAACCUGACAUCCACAUUUGGGGGUCUCUGGAGUCUGGCCGCCCCACACAGCUGAGCUGCAGCCUGCCAGCGUCCUGCAAAGGGGGAAGUCCUCUCAUCUUCUCAUGGGUGGGGAGUGCUCUUGACUCUCUCAAUCCCAAGACCCUUCACUCCUCGGUGCUCACCUUCACUCCGAAGCCCAGGGACCACGGCACCACAGUCACCUGUCUGGUGACACUUGCAGGACCUGGGGUGACCACACAGGAAUCCAUUCAGCUCAAUGUCUCCUAUGCUCCAGAGAACCUCACCAUAGGUGUGUCCUCCAGAAAUGUCUCAGCCCUCAAGGUUCUGCAAACCACAUCCCUUCCCAUCCUGGAGGGUGAGGGUGUGCAGCUGCUCUGUGUGGCUGACAGCAACCCCCCUGCACAGCUGAGGUGGUUCCGGGGGUCCCCAGCCCUGAACGCCACCCUCAUCUCCAGAACAGCGAUCCUGGAGCUGCCUCUUGUGGGGACUGGGGAAGAAGGACAGUUCACCUGCCAAGCUCAGCACCCGCUGGGCUCCAGAAGUAUCUCUCUCAACCUCUCUGUGGUCUACCCCCCACGUCUGCUGGGACCCUCCUGCUCCUGGGAGGACCAGAGUCUGCACUGUAGCUGUUCCUCCCAAGCUAGGCCAGCCCUGCUGCGCUGGUGGCUGGGCGAGGGGCUGCUGGAGGGGAACCCCAGCAAUGCCUCCCACAUGGUAACCUCCUGGUCCUCAGGGCCCUGGGCCAACAGCUCCCUGAGCCUCUCAGUGGGGCUCAGUGCCAGGCUCAGACUCACUUGCGAGGCGAAGAAUGUCCACGGGGCCCAGAGAGCCAGUGUCCUGCUGCUCUUGCCAGGUCAGGGGCCUGCUGGGGGCGGAGUGGUUCCCGCUGCUCUUGGAGGUGCCGGUGCCAUGGUGUUCCUGUCCCUAUGCUUGUGUCUCAUCUCCUUUUGCAUAGUGAAAUUCCACAAGAAGCAAACAGGUGGGAGACAAAAGGUCAUGAAUGAUGAAGACCCUGUCAUGGGUAUAGUCACCUGGGGUUCCCAGCAAAAUCCACAGCCAGACAGGCCCCCAGGCCAAGCAUCACCCAUGGAGGAUUCUUCUCAAUUGGGAGAGGAGCAGGAUAGCCAGUACGCCAACCUCAGUUUUCAGAGGGGAAACCUGUGUGAGGGUCAGGACAAGGAGGCCACCAGCACCUGCGUGUACUCAGAGAUCAAGAAGACCAGCAAAUGAGAACUCUCUCAGAGAUUAGGCCUGACCAGAAACAUUACAGCCUCUCUGAGGGACUGA